GGGGAGCCAUUUCUAAUGUGCGCAUCCUUCAUUGGCUCCCUAGUCUGAUGAAACGGGAGGAUAGUUUCGGAGAAAGAUGGGCUCCAGAAUGCGAGGACUAGGUUUUGGCUUGGGCAAGAGUCCACGGGAGAUGCGAGGCAGGGCUCAUGCGGGAGGACGUGAGGGACAGGCACUAGCGAUGACACCCGUGGGCACGGGCACCUCGCUGGCGCUGUCCUCCCUCCUGUCCCUGCUGCUCUUCGCCGGGAUGCAGAUGUACAGCCGGCAGCUGGCGUCCACCGAGUGGCUCACCAUCCAGGGGGGCCUGCUGGGCUCCGGCCUGUUCGUCUUCUCGCUCACCGCCUUCAAUAAUCUGGAGAAUCUGGUUUUUGGCAAAGGGUUCCAAGCAAAGAUCUUCCCUGAGACUCUUCUCUGCCUCCUGCUGGCUCUCCUUGCAUCUGGCCUCAUUCACCGAGUCUGCGUCACCACCUGCUUCAUCUUCUCCAUGGUCGGCCUGUACUACAUCAACAAGAUCUCCUCCACCCUGUACCAGGCAGCGGCUCCCGUCCUCACCCCAGCCAGGGUCACGGGGAAGGGCAAGAAGAGAAAUUGACCCUGAAUGUCCAAUAAACUUGAUCUUUGUAGCCCCGGGA